UGCAGGUCAACCAGAAAAUCUUGGAAGGAACUUCUCAAAGUGGAUGCUAUUGGAGAGAGUGCGAUUCACAUUAGAUGGUCUUGAAUGCAAUAAAAUUGGUGUUGGCUAUGAAGCAUAUAGAAGCCAGCCAAACUUCUGCUCAUCACCACUAUGGAGUUGUUUGCAUAAUCAAUUAUGGAAUUUUUGGGAAGCUGACCAAAAUCGGAUAAGUAGGAAUCAACCACCACAAUAUGUUGUUGAGCGAAGGUUCGAAAGAAUCAACCAACAUCCAAAUGCAGGAUCUCAUUCAUUUUCUGUCGGAAUCACUGAAGUCCUUAACACUAAUUUACUUAUAGAACUGAAUGCUGAUGAUAUAGAAUAUGUUUAUCAAAGGAGUCCUGGCAAGAUCUUAAACAUCAAUAUACCUACAUUUGAAGCACUGACUCAAUUUGGUAUUGCUACAAUAACAGCUAAGAACAUUGGCAAACUGGAAGCAUCAUAUAGCUUAACGUUUGAUUGCCAUCCUGGUGUCAGUUAUAUGGAGGAACAAUUCUUUAUAAUGAAACCUGAUGAAGUUGUUACUCGCUCAUUUUACAUAUAUCCAAAUACAGAUCAAGCUUCAAAGUAUCAUUGUGCAGCUAUUCUCAAGGCUUCAGAUUUUGCUGAAGUUGAUCGAGCAGAGUGCCAAUUCACCACUACAGCUACCAUUCUUGAAAAUGGAUCACAGAUUGUUCCAGCUAAUGAAUCAAAGGAACAUGGUAUAAAAGGAUUUUUUGAAUCUAUCAAGAACAUGUGGAAUUCAAUAUGGGUUGGUUUGGUCGAUUUCUUUACUGGUAAAACAUGCAGAAGUAAAUGCUCGAAUUUCUUUGAUUUCAAUUGCCACAUAAAAUAUAUAUGUGUGGGUUGGAUAUUAAUGUUUGGGCUACUUCUAGCAAUUUUUCCAAACAGUUGUUAUGCUUCUGUGGCUGUUACAUCAGAAAGGAUUUUUUGA